UACGCCUCCUCGACAACGUGUCCUGCGCUUCCGACACUAACGCGGGGUGUCUGUCCCACAGGCAAGCGUCGUAACCGUACUACGCAAUCAUGCCUCAACUGCCACACAUCCAAGCGCAUGUGUGACCGCAAACGUCCGUGCGGUCGGUGCACGCAACUGGGGCUGACUGGCCUCUGCGUCUACGAGGUAGACGAUCCGAGCCGGAAGCAUCCCAGCGGUGACUCUCAGGAUGAGAAAUGCCGCCUUCAGAAGCGUGUAGCGGAACUCGAGAGCGUCAUCCGGGAGCUGAAGAAUAAACCGCACCCGCGAUGGGUUGCAGGGCAAGAUACCAACGACAGAGCCCGCCAGGCUGCGACCUCGUCUAUGCCGCCUUUGACAAUCAAUACCGGUGGUCAUUCUUCUAGAGGCUCGACGCCGGAUGGACCGAGUCGUACUUCCCCGGUCCCGGAGUCGGGCAGCAUGGUUCCUCAUGCCCCCAACUUCCCGUCACAUAAUUCUCCCCUCAUGAGCGUCGGGCCGUUGAGAGUGCCCUCCAGCCCUUCUGCUGCCGACAGCUCACCCGUCGGGACUCCUUCUCCCAUGUCCAUCUCGCCUCUUGAUCCACAUUUUUCUUGCGGGCUCGGUUUCAACGGUGAUUAUGACCUCUCUUCGUUAUUCGCCUGCUCCGCGGACAAGACGGGCUUGGAGGACAGCUUUUUCGGCGAGAUCUGGGACCGACUGGUCCCUCCUAGCGGCGCCUGCGACUCGGCUCGACCAGGCGAGCACUGCGGCUGUCUCAACGACCCCGCAACAUACAACGCCAUCCUCGAGCUGUCUUUGCGCCUCCGCAAGGCCGCCGACAUCCUCGGCCGCUCCACGAGUCACACGUCGGGCUCAUCCAACUGCUUGAUUAACCAGAACAUUGCCGAUCUCGACAGAUUCACAUCGACGGCCCUGGGGAACAUCAAUGUCCCUCCGGAUCCUUUCGGAGCUGCCACCAAUCCGAACCGUGCCACGAUAUCGGCGUCAACAAACGCGUCCGCCACAUACAGCACGUUCGGGACGCGGCCAACUCCGAGCGGGUCUUCCCAGGGCGUGACUGUAUCUCCUCCCUUGCUGCAGUCGCAGGCGGUCAGGACAUGGGACUACAAACCGACUCCGUCAUAUCCCAGUCCGCCCUGGGAGGACCCAUUCAUGUCGUGGGCGCCCCAGCGUCGAUGAGACCGCGGCGGUUGAUGGAAUGCACGGUGGCCGCGCCGAGGGACUUCGGGGCGCGGAUGCGCGGGGUUGGGAUUUGCGUAUAUAGAGAGGAUCUUCGAUGGACCGUAGCCGCUUACGGCGAGCAUCGAGAAGUACUGUUGUAUGUUGGCUACAUGUGCAUGCGCUCGCUAGAACCAUGGCUGUCUCGCAUUGGACGCACGUAUCGGCCACACAGUGAUACAUGCAUUACUCAGUGUCCCUGCUAGCAGCCGGCCUGAGGAAGCCGGCGUCGGACGGCGUGUACGCUGCAAGAGCUGUAUAAGGCUGCAGACUCCAAUGGCGUCAGCGGCGUCUGAUAGAGGGCCAGAGACCCAUCUAGAUUGCGUCUUUGAUUCCGCGUAGCUUCCCGCA